AUGGCUGAGAGCGUUGAGGUAACCUCCAUCAAGGAUGCUCCCCCCGGCUGGACUCGGAAGCAGGCCUUCCAGCAGUACCGGGGCAAGCGGGAGCGCUUCUGGCUCUUCACGCUGCAGAGGCCCUUCGGCAACGCGGCCUGGCUGCUCCAAGUCCGCGCCAAGGCGAAGGAGGCUUCGCCGGCGAAGCCGAAGCCAAACACGGCGGCGCAGCCCGCGGACCCCGAGGAGAUCUUGGAACUCCUGGAUCGCAUGGCCCGGGAUUUGGGCGCACUCGCCUCGGAGCGGCUGGAGGCGGAGGAUCUGCGCACCGCGCAGCGCCUGGAGCGACUGGAGCAGCGCUUCAGCGGCUCCGGGGUCACGGAGGGCGAGGCCCGGAACGCGCUGCGCCUCUUCGAGCGGGAGCUGUCGAAGGCCAAUUGGACGGAGGAGAAGUUUGCGAAGCUGAAGCGCCAGCUUGCUGGGACGGAGGAGUGGUCUGCUGCGGACCUGGUGGUGGAGAGCUCUGUGCGCUGGGUGCAACCUGGCAAGCGGCGCCAGGCCUGGUUCGCGGACGCCUGCGAGCGCUGUGCCACACCGCUGGGGGUAGAGUUCGGGUACACCUCCAACGGCGGCUGCUGCUUCGUGGGGCCUUUGUCCAGCUCCCUGGGCGCGGCGUUGACCACGGCGCUGGUGUGCCACCUGGGGCAGUUGGACCUGGACACGGCGAUGAAGAAGAAGAGGACGCUCUCGGGUCCGCAAUUCCUCCAGGGCUUCGUCGACACUCGGCUCCAGAACUUCGGGGGUUUGGGGGACCCGUGGACCUAA